AUGUCCGAAAAUAUUUAUACCAACGACGCCGCACAAGCUACCCAAGGAAGCAGCUCUUGGUUUUCGAGAAAAUUGAGCAAAAAGCUCUCGCACAACUCUUCUAGAGAAAACACCCCCAAGGAAACAACCUCAAGUCAAGGUGGAAUUGGCCAGCAAGCUUUGGACAAAGGCGAGGAGAUUAAAAAGGAUGUUACAUCCGGAAACUUCGGUAGCGUGAAAGAUGCUACUGGGAAAGGGGAAAAUGUUAAAAACGCCAUCAACCAGGGAGACACCGCGGAAGCCUUCAAAGAAACAGGAUGGAACAAAGACAACGUCAACGAGCAAAACAUUGAUGAGGUCGGAAACCGGCUUUUCGGGAGUUUCUCGAGUCCAGGAGUCUUUGGGCCAAACGAUGACAUCAAAAAGGGUCCGAUUACCGAAGGAAAUGACGGAGGAGUAGAUCAGAGAGACACAGGCCAAGAACUCGUUGGCGCUACAGGAUCUGGAUCCGGAUCUGGUGCUGCUCAGGAAUCUGGACCAAAGACAGCAAGCACUGGGGCCGGGCUACUUGGGAUCACUACAGCUGGAACUGGCGCGUCAAAGUCUGGCAGUACAUCCAACACCCAAAAGCCUGGAACUGGUACCCCUGAAACGAAGAGCACAGAAGAGAGCUUACGUCAAAAGUUGGACGGUAAAUCCAAUGUGGCAGGCGGAACAUUCGGCGAAAAUUCCAUGAAUCAAGAGCUUGAUGACCAGGCUCAUAUCAGCUCGAGCGUCUUUGGUGAUCGAAACGGCCUUCAAAACACGUCGAAGGAUGUUGAUGCCCAUGGCCCAACAACACCAGGAAUUGAUCAAAAGCUUUCUGAAAGAAGAAAACUAAGUACUGGAAAGAUUGAUCAUUCGAAAUCGAAAUCUUCUCAACAAGGAGGAGCAAUGAGGCAAGGUGCAAUCGGAGGCGCCGCUCUUGGUGCCGCCGGUGGCAUGGGCAAAGGUGGUACCAGUCAACAGGCCACUACCUCUGGACAGACAGCCAAGGGUAUGACUACUCAGGGUAGGAUGUCAGGCGUGACUGGCGGAGGCCUCACACAAGCAGUGGGCCAGAAGGGUGCUGCAAAAGGAGCAAGACCUCAAGGAGGUAUUCGUCAAGGUGCCCUUGCCGGUGGUGCCCUUGGUGCUGGUGCCCUUGGUGCUGGUGCCCUUGGUGCUGGUGCCCUCGGCGCUGGAAAUACCAGAAAUGCCACAUCUCAAUCCCAGAAAAAUGAAAUGGCUUCCUUAACACCUCGAGCCGUUACUAAUUUGAGCGGACCCGGCUAUAAAGUCACGGUUCUCCAAGAGAAGGUCCAGGCUGUUUCUCAGAAGUGUAAGACUCAGCUGGGCGGCUCUGCUAGUGAGAUCAGCUUGCGUAGCCCAACCGUCGAUGCGUUCUUUGAUGCUGUUGCGGCUGAACGUCUGCGCUGGAUGCCUCGUGACGGCAGCAGACUUGAUUGCUCUCUUCGGUGGGCUUCUAGACUGGCAUAUGCAGUCGACAAUCUCAGAGAGUCAAUUGGUGCCUUUGCUCCUGGAGCCAACGAAGCCGCCAAAUUGAUUUGGGGAUUCGAAAUUAUGCUUUUAGAGUCGGAUAUUGACAACACCGAGGUAUUCGAGAGCAUUUUCGGUAGAUAUGGUCGUCUUGCGGUAGGAAUUCGUCUACUACUGCAAUAUGAGAGUGUAUACCAGAUGUCUGCAGAGCUUCGAGCAGAGGCUACUGCCGUUUUUGCUGAUCUCCUUGAGAUGAUCUGUAGUACCACUACUAGUUGUGUCGAGGGAUUCAAGGCCAAGGAAUCUGACCGUGUCAUCGGACAUAAUGUUGAUGCCGCUUUUGUCACCUACGCAAAACGCUUCUCUACCCACUGGAACGCCAUCGUGGAGUUUGCAACUUGGAAUGUUGUUCAGCAGAGUUCGUUGGUCUACUCAAGUCCCGAGCUAGGCAGCCUCCGCCAAUUCCUCGGUGUACAGGAUCGUCCACUUCAAUUUAUUCUGGACUCUCGUAGUCACUCGUUGGCCGAAGGAUCAUUUGAGUGGUUCAACAACGCUCUGUACGACUUCACCGUGGGUAAAAUUCCAGUCAUGAUGGUGAAUGGAGGGGCUGGCUCUGGAAAGAGUGCCAUGGCUCAAUGGACGGUGGAUCGAAUGCAAGAAUCUUCGGAGCAUGAAGGCUGGAAUGUGAUUCCGUACACUAUCCGUGCUGAUAUCCCGGUUGCUACUUUGCCACUGCGCAUUUUGAAAGGUAUCUUGCAUCAAAUGCUGGAUCACUGUGUCAUUGAAAAGGGCAUCCAAGAGGAUAUUCUCUUCUACGUGGCUAAGGCCGCUCAGAGUGCCCUUGAUGGCGGCGGAGAGGCCGAAGUCGAAGAUAGUCUUUGGAAGGGUAUUCGAACCGGCUUGGAAUCCGACAUCCAGUACAUGUUCGUGGUUGAUGGACUUGACCAGAUCAAGGGUGGCGAAGAAGAUGCUACUGCUUUCAUGGACAAAUUCAGCGACGUGUUGUCUCAGCAGAAUGAGGGAUCCAAGAUGAUCGUUUUUACCAGACCUCUCAAGUCGAAGAUGAGCUCUCAGAUUAUCCAGCAAUUUACGAUGCAAUCAUCCCAGACCAAGGCUGAUAUGCAAGCUUAUGUUCACAAGAGUCUUUCCUCUGGCUUUAGCUCGGAGUCUGUGAAGAGUGCUCAGCUAGAAACCGCAGUAUCCACCAUUGUGAAUCGUUCCCAGGGAUCAUUCAGCUGGGCUGCGCUGGCUGUUGAGAAUGCCAAACAACAGAGAACAUUGAGCGAAGCUAUUCAAUCUGUGCAAGGCCUUCCACAGUCUAUGUCUGAGCUAAUUGAUUUCCACAUGAAGCACUUGGAUCUCAGCCAAAAUGAGACCAAAUAUAUCAUGUCAUGGCUUGCUGCUGCUGAGAGACCCUUACUUAUGGAGGAAAUUGAACAGCUUCUGGUUGUUGACCCCGAGAGCUCGUCAUUCGUGUCUCGCCCCUCAAACCUGGAUGAUGGAUGGAGCAAGGCAUUGAGUCCCGUGGUUAUGACGCGGGAUGGUGUUGUCUCCUUUGCACAUACUUGCAUCCGUGAACAUGUUAUCAAACAGGCUAGAAUCUCUAGCGCUAAAGCACCGCUAAAUCUGAAGGAGGCUCACUAUGACUUACUUCUCAGAUGCCUUGCUUGGGUGCAAUUGAGCGUUCGCGAGGAGACUGAAAUCUCAAUGGACAAACUCGGAAUGGAAGAACGGAACCGUCUGUUUGACAAAUAUGUCAUUCUUGAGUACACCGGUCGCUACUGGCUUUCACACCUUCUCUCAUCACCACUGGUCACUGACGAUGGAGAGUUUUCUUUCAACGAAAGCUUCAGAAACUUGGUUCCCAUCACCGUACUAUUUGCUCGCCUUGAAUUGACAUGUCGAGAGUCACAGUUUACUCGGUCAAGUGUGGUUGAAUUGUACCGACUGGCGACAGAUAUCCGCCGCCUAGUGUUAGGCGAUAAAUCAAUGGCGCUCCUACAGAGUCUAUUGCUCAGUGCUCGAGUUUCCAAGUAUGCUCAUGCUGGCCAUGCUGAUGAACACUGCUACGAAGCAUGGAGACUCAGCCAAGAACUCUUGGGGCAGUCCGACGCCAUCACCCUGACAUGUGCCGACAUAAUGACGCAGUCUUUUGCUGAACAAGAAACAAUGACCUCUCAACAGGAAGACAUCAUGAAGUAUCUCAUCUUGACUGACUCUGAGAUCACUGGUGUCGAAUUUAACCAGCGCCUGAAAUACCUGGGAAUGAUUGUGGGCAUGUACAAAUAUCGUGAUGACAACAGUUCUGCCCUUAAAAUCUCGAAGCAGUUCUACCAGCAGAUCCUACAAAAGUAUGGAACCAACUCGAGACAAUCUUCUGAUACUGCAGACUUUUUGACGAGCCAGUUUUCGUCUACUGGUAAUGAUGCCAUGAGUCGUGACAUUGCGCGGACCAAGUAUGACAAUGUUGUGAAUACCAUGGAAGUGACCGAUGAGCGCCGCAUCAAGUAUACCCUGUAUAUGGCUCAGUUAUACGAGCAACAGGGCGAGAUAGCCCAGGCACAGGGUGUACUCUCUAACUUAUGGGCCGGUCUCAACUCACGAGACAUUGACUCUGUGGAUAUGAUGAACAAAAAAGCCAACGUUGCCCUUGUAUACUACCAGUUCCUCCGUCACCAGGGCAGAAGCGACGAGGCUGAAGUCAUCAUUCGUGAGCUUGUGGCUGACCUCGAGGUGACUGGUGUGCACUCCGAGGCAAUGAUGCAGCGGGUACAGCUGCUUCGUGCCGAGACUCGGAAGAUGCACAUGUACAGUCUAGAUCGCUCUUUGGCUGUCCUUAUGUGGCGAUUCUACAAGGAGAACAAUCUGGAAUACUCUUCAGAAGCUACUACCUUAGCUUUGUCACUCGCAGAGGAACUGGCCAACACCGUCUCGAUCGAAGAAAGUACUUCCUUUUCCGGAAGAGACCGCAAGUUGAUGGUUGAGUUACUGGACUCCAUUACCUCGUCUUCUAGCAACCUCUCUGUAUCUACACUGAUCCUGUGUCACAACCUGGCCAGCAUUUAUGUACACGAAGAUGAUUGGGUAGAGGCAAGCGACUGCUCAAAGGCUGUUUUGCAGCACGUCUGGCCCAAUGUGGAGCAAGCUGGCGGAUCUCACAAGAAGUUCACCACCGAAUUGGCUCCACCUAUCGCUGACCUGGCUCUGGUUCUUGCGUACUGUCACUUCCGCAGAUUGCACUUGGAGCAGGCUACCAUUGUCUAUGAGAAUGCCUUUGGAUCGCUUAUUUCAUCGGACCGAGUACCCGUACCUUCUGUUCUAGCCGUCGCUAAGGCUGUUGUGGAAUUCUACGAGACCACUUUCCAGUUCACCAAGGCACUCACUCUUCUCCACUCUGUCAGUAAUUUCUUGACAGUCAGAUUGGGUGAAACCCACAAGCAUACCAUCGAAAAUCUCUAUCUCGAAGCAGCCCUUGCUAACCGACUUGAAAUGAGCCACGAGGCGAAGAGCACAUACCAACGCAUUUACAAGGCCACCACCCGCGAAGGCAAAAUUGCGCCCGAGGGCUUCGAAGCUGCAAUUGCUCUCGUGGCACUGUAUGAACGCGAGCUUCAAUGGGAUGCUGCACUUGAUGUUUAUCGCCACCUGUGGCCUACACUCGUAAUUGAGGAUAGCAUGAACACCUACGAUCGCAUUAUGGUCGAGAGAAUGCUUGAAAAGACCUAUAUGGGCUACAUGUCAAUCCUGACAACACGUACAAAGACCACAGAUUUCUCCGAACGGUACAAGGUUUCAUCUGAGUACGUGACAACCUGUCGCAACGUUUACGGUGCUACAAACCAGAAAACACUCAGCGCAACCCUACUCUUCGCCGAGCUGUGCGAAACAAGCGACCUAUACACGGAUCAAGCUAUCACACUUUACAAGAUGCCUCUUCAGACGCCCGAGUGGGUCCCAACUUCUCAAUCCUCCAAGGGUCUGGAUCAAAUGACUGCUCCACUGCCAAUCACUCUGAAGCACAAGUUGGCCCAACUGUUUGUUCGCAAGCGUGAUUCAACUAGCGAGGCUCGCUCACUCUACACAGAGGAAUUCCAGCUAGGAAAGAAGACCAAGGGAUUUUUCUCAAACACCACACUUUCCUGGCUGCGUGAACUGGCACUCGCUCACUCUCGCCAAGGCACUCCCACAUCUGUACAACAGGGCAACGCCCUUCUUCACACAUACAUCACGGAUGUUCUCCACAAUGGAGGUGAGUCCGAGGCAAUGAUGGACUGGGCACGCAAGAUCGCCUCCAUCUACCUUGAAUGUGGCUUUAUCGACGGUGGUAACAGUGUCCUUGACGAGCUGCGCCAACGUGUCGUCUAUGGCUCUGAGACUUCUGCUCGAGCACUAGGCGACAGAAGGGAUGCAAUCUUUGUUGCAGCCUUUGAAGAAGCCUUCGGUCGACGUGCAACCUACUCUCAGAUCAUGACUGAGAUGGCGUGCGAGAUGCAAACACACCAGGCAUUCACAAAGAAUCUGUCUGGUCAUGAUUUCAUCCCAACGCUCGUCUCCGGCAACAGGCUGGCACUAUUGCAGACGGGUCAGAAACGCACCAGAGCUGCAAAGGACACGCGCAGCAAGCUGUACGAGUAUUUCUGUGCUACGCUAUCAGCGACAUCAAUCACAGACCGCGAAAUAGUCAAGCAGUUCUACGCUAUUUGUCUGCGCGAGGUACAUGGCGAGAACUAUAACAUGGCUAUCCUGACAACUACAACAGGCCUUGUUCAUGAUCUAUGCAACUCCGGUCGCUUCAGAGACGCAAGCGAUGUUACGGGUGUGCUACACUCAUUCCUUCACCUGACUGAUGGGUUGAACUCUUACGAAAGCAUCAUUACCGCUACUAAGCUUUGCCUCUAUCUGAGCGGCCACCAGGCAACACGAUGCGAGAAUGAGAAACUCUUCAGCGAGAUGUCCGUGAAAUCCAAGCUCCUACUUCAGGAACUCCUCGCAUCUUCAAAGAGCAUCGGCAUCCAGAUCGUGGACUUGCCGUUCCACGAACUCAACGACAUCAUCACCCUUCUAGGUGAAUACGAGAUGUUCGAUGACCUCGAAGAAAUCCUUACUCAGUUAUGGACAUCAAGAAUUGUGCAGCGAACCUGGACACCCGAUGUGGUUGUCUGGAUCGGACGCCGACUCGUGGAAACACGUUUCUGUCGCGGCGCAAUUGACUCCUCCAUCCAGCUAUGUCGGGAUAUCUGCUACAAUCUUCGACAAGUAUGGGGAAGCUACGAUAACGUGACGCUCGAGAUGACGAAGCUGCUAUCUGGACUCUUCACUGCAUCGGGUGAUCAUGCCUCAGCAGCAACGCUUCACGAGGGUAUUCUUCAUGAUCUGAUGAACGACUCAGAUGCCAAGUCUCAUCCAGGAGCUGCAGAUACUGCUUCGCAGCAUGUGGAGCUUCUACGUCGUUCCCAGAGCCGUCUUGGUACGAGCAAGCAGAGUACCGUGCGACAGUCUGCGCAUGCAGAAAUUGUUGCCCAAAUUACUGAAAAGUUUGGAUUGAAGUCUGGUCAACUUAAGGGUGUUGGGGAAGCGAAUGGUGGAGAUUCAUUUGGAGUUUGGUCUAAGCCUAGACGGUUUAGCAUUGAUGUCGAGGAUUUGGAGGAUGAAGGACAGAUGCAUCACAAUCACCUGCGCGAGUCGAGUGGAGCAGGUAUGAUGAGUGCAUCGGGGACCAGGAGAAUUUCAGUACAGGCUUUGUAA